UUUGGUUAAUUUUUAUUGUACAGGAAGUAAAAGUUUCAUCGGGACUAUAUGGAACAUACUCUCUUGUGGCUCUGACAGAACCAUAUGGUCUGUAUUAUGUGAGAAUGAAAGCAUUCACCGGGUACGGGGAUAAAUAUCACAGUCAAUAUUCAGAGGAAGCCAAAAAUCGCACAUCAGAAAUAGCCCCGAAGGUCCCGCCAAGCAAUUUCCACUGCAAGGCAGACCCCAGCAGUGAUGGAGAAACGAGGGUGGUCACUCUAACAUGGGAGCUCCAGAAUGAUACGUUCAAAUCCAACGGAGAAAUACUUGGUUUUAAUAUCAUUGUCAAACAAGCUAAUAAAAGUAAGCAGUACUCAGUGGAACCGAACAAGACAUCGCACAUAAUUCCUGAUCUUGAUCCUUCGGCACAUUAUAAACUCAGCAUACAGACUGUCAACUCAAUGGGAGCAUCCCCACAAGAAGACUGUAGCAUUGAUCCAUUGCCAGCGGCUCCAGUCAGCUUGAUUCCAGUCCUCAUUGCUUGUGGCUUAACUAUCGGCUUGAUCAUCUCAUUGGUUUGCAUAUACCAAAGGAUUAAGAAGUCCAUGACUAGGUUUCCAGACAUUCAAAUUCGCUCACAACUAACUACUGACAAUUUGUACUCCGCAAACACAACAAACAGAGAAACAGAAAUCUUUGAUGACUUGAUUCCACAUCAAGUCAAUUUGGUUCCGGAGGACGGAGUGAUGACCAACGGAUUUGACAUCGGCGACAAACCAAGAAAGAUCCAAGUGUCCGGAGAUACAAUCAAAAUGCACACCUUUGAAAGUCAGCCUCUACUGCCAGGAUUCAGGGACAAGCGGUCAAGGAGCGAAGAGUUUUGUUUUGAUGAGUACGGCGGUGGUGGUCUGGCAAGUAGCCCUGUCUCUGUAGGUAGCGGUGGAAGCUACUUGCCUGUCAGGAAUGAUGACAUGGCGUACCAAACAAUGACCAAAGGUGGGUUGUCACCAGUGGAAAAGGAAGACCCAAAAGGUGCUACAGGAGGAGGCUUUCAUGGCUUUCAGGAGCUGCACCCACGCCCCGAGGAUGACUGUUGUGAAGAAGGCGCUUCAAUGGAUGCAUACACACGAAUGGCUGCUUUACUACCUACUCACGGGGCAGGGGGUAAGCAGAGGGGUACACCUACCAAGUUUGGUGGGAAGAGACAUCCAAAAGAAAGCGCCCCGGUCAGUGAAGACAAUGCUGCAUACACCAGUGAUGGUAGCGUAGCCAACUACACCCAGCAAGGCUUUGCCGCACGGUCAGCUUCUCAAGAUGAUUUAGAUGCCCCUUAUGUACUGGGAACGAAUCCAACAGAAUCCUACAGCCAGGUUGGACUGCGGGACAGAGCAAAUCACCCGUCUCUGCUCAAUCAUCGAUUUCAAAAUCAGGCGACGGGAGGCUUAGGACCUCAUGAUGAGUAUCUGAGGAUGGGAAUUAACCCAUCAGAUCAGCAUCAAGCCGAGAAUGAGGACAGUGAUUUUGAGGAUUCCCCGUUUAUCUUAAAUGAUGAUAUUCUGCAAAAUAUUCCUCGACCAGAUUUGCUACAGAUCAGUCCCAACUUGAACCACACUGCUUCACCAUUAAUGGCACUGUCGCCCAGAGACACUACCACUGGCCUCGAUGCUUUACUUAUACCUAGUUCUAUGAGAACGGCAUCGCCGAACGACGAUGUCCCCUUACGUUAUGUAACUGUCCAAAGCGAUUCGGAAAGUCUUGACCAGGAAGAUGCUGAGACGGAGCAAGACGGGGACGGGUAUGUGACCCAAGGACUGAUACCCGAAGGGGAUGGGUAUGUGACCCAAGGAAGGAUACCCGAAGGGGAUCAUGUGGCCCAAGGAAGGAUACCCGAAGGGGACGGGUAUGUAACCCAAGGAAUGAUACCCGAAGGGGAUCAUGUGGUCCAAGGAAGGAUACCCGAAGGGGACGGGUAUGUGACCCAAGGAAUGAUACCCGAAGGAAGGAUACCCGAAGGGAAUGGGUAUGUUACCCAAGGAAUGAUACCCGAAGGGAAUGGGCUUGUGACCCAAGGAAUGAUACCCGAAGAGAAUGGGUAUGUGACCCAAGGAGUGAUACCCGAAGGGAAUGGUCUGGUGACCCAAGGAAUGAUACCCGAAGGGAAUGGGUAUGUGACCCAAGGAAUGAUACCCGAAGGGAAUGGGUAUGUGACCCAAGGAAUGAUACCCGAAGGGAAUGGGUAUGUGACCCAAGGAGUGAUGACCGAAGGGAAUGGGUAUGUGACCCAAGGAAUGAUACCUGAAAUUCAAAACCCACGGACUGACAAUAGAAAUGCUUUGACUGCUACACCUAAUCUUCAUUCUGACUAUGUUGAUCAAGAGCAACUUAAUAGCUUUCCCACGCCACAAGCAGAAGCGAUCCCCGUCGCAAACAACCACCCUCAACAUGCCCCGAGUCCUAACGAUUACGUCACCCCAGAACAGGUGUUUGAUAUUGUAUCGUCGCCCGGUCCAGCGUCGAACGCCCCUGACGAGACCUCCACGAAUAGUAACAACAACUGUGAAGGAAGCAGCGACGGCGAACAAUCAGAUGAUGACACCAAUGACGCUAGCGAAUUUAUGAUCCAAGGAAAUGACAAUACAACCCAGAACCAACCCACUGAUGACCGGGUCGUUGCUAACUCAACCCAUCCGACUAGUGUCCUCCCCAAUCAGAUCCCUUUCCUUUCUCCUCUUAGUCAACCCCUAAAUGUCACCAAUGGUGAUUUCAGCUUAAACGGGGGUGACUUGACUCAUGGGCUUGAUCUUGAGCUGACAGGCGGGGAAGAGGUUGAUGCAACCCAUGUUGAUCAACAGAGUGGCAAACAGGGUGAUGCAAAGGGUGAGAGACAGGACCCCGAUGGUGGCUACGUUACCCAUGAUGAAAUGCAGAACAUUGCCAGGGUAGCAAGUCCAACUUCAUAAAGCAGGUAUCAAAGUACAUCAAAGCUGGUCUUAUACAUUAUUGUUGUAUAUAUAUUUAAAAGUUUAUGGUGCUUAAACGCAAAAGUAUUUUCACAUACUUGUUUUUGGAAGAAGCAAAUUUAUACCCACAUGUGCCGAUAUUAUUCAUGCAGUUAAUAUAUGUAUUUCAAAUAAAUACACAAGCUUAUUUUUAUGAUGAAUUUAAGGCUUUUACAGAUAUUUAGUUCUUUACCGAGUCAGAUUUGUUGGCUGAUUUGACUCUAAAGGUUAGAUUUACACGUAAAUUUGUAAUGCUUAUUUUGUCAUGUUUGUAAUGCUUAUUUUUUAUCAAUCAAUGGGGGUGCCACUCAGAAGCCAUGAAACUGUUAAAUGCCGUAUACCCUGUGAUCACACAAUAAGUUUACGAUACAACCUUGACAACAGCAGCCAGGGGUCACCUUUAAGGGAAUGCGACUUUCUAUUCCAGAUAUCAAAUAAAAACAAACAGGGACACUGACUGGGUAAUUUUAAAAUAGUUUGGGGGUUGAACAAAGACAAAUUUGAACUAACGACCUCGCCUGCCAUUAAUCUGGAGGUCGAUGGUUCAAAUCAAGCUGAAGUUAUUUUUCUUUGUUCAACCCAAAGGAAUUUUAGAGGGGUGUUCUUU